AUGUCCAGCAAAGCUGAGAAGAAACGGAGAGGGAGCCGUGGAGGCUCCCGGGCCCCCCGGGCGGGGCGAGCUGCUCAGGCCCCUCUGGCUACACAGGCUGUGGAGGAUGCACCACCCGCUGCUGUCCCUGAGCCGGAGCCCCAGCCUGAGCUCUCCAAGGAGGAACCUGAGCCAGUUCUGGAUGUACCUGAAGUGGAGGAAGAGGAAGAGGCGGAGCCCGAAGCAGAUGUGAAGCCCCUUUUCCUCUCCCGGGCUGUGCUGACGGGCCUGGCGGAUGCCGUGUGGACAGAGGAGCAUGACGCUGCUCUGGAGCAGUUUGCCCAGGACUCCACGCAGCCCGUCCUCACCUUCUACAUUGACCCCUGUUUUGGGCUGAAGCUUGACCUGGGCGUGCCAGUACAGACCCAAAACCAGAUUGCAUAUUUCAUUCGCCGAGCACCGGUUACCAUCACCCCAGAGAACUUUGAGGCGACCGUGCAGUUUGGGACAGUACGUGGAGCCUACAUCCCGGCCCUGCUCCGGCUGCUCAGCGGCGUCUUUGCCCCUCAGAUCUUUGCAAACACGACGUGGCCUGAGAGCAUUCGUAAUCAUUUUGCAUCUCACCUGCACAGGUUCUUGGCCUGCCUGACAGACACUCGGUACAAACUGGAGGGGCACACCGUCCUCUACAUCCCCUCAGAGGCCAUGAACAUGAAGCCCGAGGUGGUCGUCAAGGACAAAGAGUUGGUGCAGCGGCUGGAAACCUCCAUGAUCCACUGGACCCGGCAGAUAAAGGAGGUGCUGAGUGCCCAGGAGACGGUGGAGACCGGAGAAAAUCUGGGCCCUCUGGAGGAGAUUGAGUUCUGGCGAAACCGCUGCAUGGACCUGUCCGGCAUCAGCAAGCAGCUGGUGAAGCCGGGAGUGAAACACAUCGAGUCCAUCCUGCGGCUCGCCAAGUCCUCCUACCUGGCGCCCUUCGUGAAGCUCGCCCAGCAGAUCCAGGACGGCUCUCGCCAAGCACAGUCGAACUUGACCUUUCUGUCGAUCCUGAAGGAGCCCUACCAGGAACUGGCGUUCGUGCGGCCCAAGGACAUCUCUAGUAAGCUCCCUAAGUUGAUCAGCCUCAUCCGCAUCAUCUGGGUCAACUCUCCGCACUACAACACCCGGGAGAGGCUGACCUCCCUCUUCCGAAAGAUGAGCAAUGAGAUCAUCCGCCUGUGCUGCCACUCCAUCUCCCUGGACCGCAUCUUUGAGGGAUACGUCGUUUCCAGCAAGGAGGACCUGCAAGGCUGCAUCUCCUGCUGCCACGCCUGGAAGGACCACUACCUCCGCGCCGUACAGAUGCACACCCAGUUCUCCAGCCGGGGCUGGGUCCUGGACCAGACCAGCAUAUUCGCUCAGGUGGAUGCCUUCGUCCAGCGCUGCAAGGACCUGAUAGAGGUAUGCGACUGUCAGUACCACUUUGCCCGCUGGGAAGAUGGCAAGCAAGGCCCCCUGCCCUGCUUCUUCGGCGCCCAGGGGCCCCAGAUCACACGGAACCUGCUGGAGAUCGAGGACAUCUUCCACAAGAACCUGCACAUGCUGCGAGCCGUGCGCGGGGGCAUCCUGGACGUCAAGAACACGUCCUGGCACGAAGACUACAAUAAGUUCCGUGCCGGAGUCAAGGACCUGGAGGUGAUGACCCAGAACCUGAUCACUUCCGCCUUCGAGUUGGUUCGCGACGUGGAGCACGGGGUGCUACUGCUGGACACCUUCCACAGACUGGCCACCCGCGAGGCGAUCAAGCGCACGUAUGACAAGAAGGCUGUGGACCUCUACAUGUUGUUCAAUAGCGAACUGGCCCUCGUGAACCGUGAGCUGAACAAGAAAUGGCCGUACCUGGAGCCCUACAUCGCCCAGCACUCCGGACAGGCCCACUGGGUGCGGAUCCUGCGGCGUCGCAUCGACAGAGUCAUGAACUGCCUUUCCAGUGCCCACUUCCUGCCCCAUAUUGGGACUGGAGAGGAGAGUGUGCACACCUAUCAGCAGAUGGUUCAGACCAUUGAUGAACUGGUCCGCAAGACCUUCCAAGACUGGACAGCAACACUGGACAAGGACUCCAUUCGGCGGCUGGACACCCCAUUGCUACGCAUCAGCCAGGAGAAGGCGGGCAUGCUGGAUGUCAACUUUGACAAGACCCUCCUGAUCCUCUUCGCGGAGAUCGACUACUGGGAGCGGCUGCUGUUCGAGACUCCCCAUUAUGUGAUGAACGUGGCCGAGCGGGCCGAGGACCUGCGCAUUCUGCGGGAGAACCUGCUCCUUGUGGCUCGAGACUACAACAGGAUUAUUGCCAUGCUGUCCCCAGAUGAGCAGGCCCUAUUCAAGGAGAGGAUCCGAUUCCUGGAUAAGAAGAUUCACCCUGGACUCAAGAAGCUGCACUGGGCCUUGAAGGGGGCCAGCGCCUUCUUCAUCACAGAGUGCCGUAUCCACGCCAGCAAGGUACAGAUGAUCGUGAAUGACUUCAAGGCCUCCACUCUGACCAUUGGCUGGCGGGCCCAAGAGAUAUCGGAGACGCUGCUGGUACGAAUUAGUGGCAAACGGGUGUACAGGGACCUGGAGUUUGAGGAGGACCAAAGAGAGCAUCGGGCAGCCGUGCAGCAGAAGCUGAUGAGCCUGCACCAGGAUGUGGUGAACAUCUUGACCAACUCCUAUGAAGUCUUCAAGAACGAUGGCCCUGAGAUCCAGCAGCAGUGGAUGCUCUACACGGUCCGGCUGAACCACAUGAUGGAGGAUGCCCUGCGCCUGAACGUGAAGUGGUCGCUGCUGGAACUGUCCAAGGCCAUCAACGGGGAUGGAAAGACCACCCCUAACCCACUCUUCCGAGUCCUUGUCAUCCUGCAGAAUGACGCGCAGGGAGGUGUGGCCCAGGUGGAGUUCUCACCCACUCUGCAAACUUUGGCAAAUGUGGUCAAUGACAUUGGCAACCAACUCUUUUCCACUAUCUCCGUCUUCCGCCACCUCCCUGAAAUUCUCAUCAAGCGCAAGUUCCACCGGGAACCCAUCCAUAUAAUCGUGGAGCGGGAUGAGGACAUUAAGAAGAUCCAGGCACAGAUCAGCAGCGGCAUGAACAACAACGCCAGCCUGCUGCAGAGCUACCUCAGGACCUGGGACAUGUAUCGGGAGAUCUGGGAGAUCAACAAGGACUCGUUCAUCCGUCGCUACCAGCGCCUCAACCCCCCGGUCUCUUCCUUUGAUGCCGACAUUGCCCGCUACACGGAGGUUGCCAAUAACGUACAGAAGGAGGAGACGGUCCUCAACAUCCAGUUUGUGCUGCUGGACUGCUCGCAUCUCAAGUUCUCGCUGGUGCAGCACUGCAACGAGUGGCAGAACAAGUUCACCACUCUGCUCAAGGAGAUGGCGGCCGGGCGCCUCUUGGAGCUGCACACCUACCUGAAGGAGAACGCAGAGAAAAUCAGCCGCCCGCCCCAGACGCUGGAGGAGCUGGGGGUCAGUUUGCAGCUCAUGGACACCCUGCAGCACGACCUGCCCAACCUGGAGUCUCAGAUUCCUCCCAUUCACGAGCAGUUUGCCAUUCUGGAGAAGUACGAGGUGCCAGUUCCGGACAGUGUACUGGAGAUGCUGGACAGUCUCAACGGGGAGUGGGUUGCGUUCCAACAAACUCUGCUGGACAGCGAACAAAUGCUGAAGAAAAACAAGGAAAAGUUCAAGACUGGGCUUAUUCACUCAGCUGAUGAUUUCAAGAAGAAAGCACAUACUCUUCUGGAAGAUUUUGAAUUCAAAGGCCCCUUCACCAGUAAUGUGGGCCACGUGGUUGCCCUGGACCAGAUUGCACAGGUGCGGGCCACGCUGAUGGCCAUGCGGGAAGAAGAAAACAAUCUCCGCCACAACCUGGGCAUCUUCAAGAUCGAGCAGCCCGUCUCCAAGGACCUUCAGAACCUGGAGAAGGAGCUGGACGCACUCCAGCAAGUCUGGGAGAUCACACGGGACUGGGAGGAGAACUGGAACCAGUGGAAGACUGGCCGGUUCCUGACCCUGCAGACGGAGAACAUGGAGAGCAUGGCCCACGGGCUGUUUCGGCGCCUCACAAGAUUAGCCAAAGAGUACAAGGACCGAAACUGGGAAAUUAUUGAAACCACUCGCUCCAAAAUCGAGCAGUUCAAGAGGACCAUGCCUCUCAUCUCCGACCUGCGGAACCCUGCCCUCCGAGACAGGCACUGGGACCAAGUCAGGAAUGAGAUUCAACGGGAGUUUGAUCAGGAAUCUGAAAGCUUCACCUUGGAGCAGAUUGUCGAGCUUGGGAUGGAUCAGCAUGUGGAGAAAAUUGGGGAGAUCUCUGCCUCGGCAACCAAAGAGCUGGCCAUAGAACUGGCGUUACAGAACAUUGCCAAGACCUGGGAUGUGACACAGCUAGACAUAGUGCCCUACAAGGAUAAGGGCCAUCACCGGAUCAGAGGUACAGAAGAAGUUUUCCAGGCACUGGAAGACAACCAGGUGGCCCUGUCGACCAUGAAGGCAUCUCGUUUCGUCAAAGCCUUUGAGAAGGACGUGGACCACUGGGAACGCUGCCUCUCCCUCAUCCUGGAGGUUAUUGAGAUGGUGCUCACGGUACAGCGCCAGUGGAUGUAUCUUGAGAAUAUCUUCCUGGGAGAGGACAUCCGCAAGCAGCUGCCCAACGAGUCAGCCUUGUUUGACCAGGUCAACAACAACUGGAAGUCCAUCAUGGACCGGAUGAACAAGGACAACAAUGCUCUCCGGAGCACCCACCACCCAGGCCUCCUGGACAAAUUGACAGAAAUGAACACAAUCCUGGAAGACAUCCAGAAGUCUCUGGAUAUGUAUUUGGAGACGAAGCGCCACAUCUUCCCCCGCUUCUACUUCUUGUCUAAUGAUGACCUGCUGGAGAUUCUGGGCCAGUCCCGCAACCCAGAGGCUGUGCAGCCACACCUCAAAAAAUGCUUUGACAACAUCAGACUGCUGAAGAUCCAGAAGGCCGGGGGACCCAGCAGCAAGUGGGAAGCCGUGGGGAUGUACUCAGGCGACGGCGAGUAUGUGGACUUCCUCCACCUUGUACUUUUAGAAGGCCCUGUGGAGUCCUGGCUUGGCGACGUGGAACGGACCAUGAGGGUGACCCUGCGGGACCUUCUCCGGAACUGCCGCCUGGCUCUCAAGAAGUUCCUCAACAAGAGAGACAAAUGGGUGAAGGAGUGGGCUGGCCAGGUGGUGAUCACUGCCAGCCAGAUCCAGUGGACAGCUGAUGUCACCAAGUGCCUGAUGACAGCCAAGGAGCGGGGAGACAAGAAAAUCCUCAAGGUCAUGAAGAAGAAGCAGGUGUCAAUACUCAAUAAGUACUCAGAAGCCAUCAGGGGGAACUUGACCAAGAUCAUGCGGCUUAAAAUUGUGGCUCUGGUGACGAUAGAGAUCCACGCCCGGGAUGUCUUGGAGAAGCUCUACAAGAGUGGCCUCAUGGACGUCAACUCCUUUGACUGGCUUAGCCAACUUCGGUUCUACUGGGAGAAGGAUCUCGAUGACUGUAUGAUCCGUCAGACCAACACACAAUUCCAGUACGGCUACGAGUAUUUGGGCAACUCCGGGCGGCUGGUCAUCACGCCCCUGACAGACAGGUGUUACAUGACACUGACCACGGCGUUGCACCUGCAUCGAGGAGGCUCCCCUAAAGGUCCAGCAGGCACAGGAAAGACCGAGACCGUCAAGGACCUGGGCAAGGCCCUUGGCAUAUACGUCAUCGUGGUCAACUGCUCUGAGGGCCUGGACUACAAGUCCAUGGGCCGAAUGUACUCAGGCCUGGCCCAAACUGGCGCCUGGGGCUGCUUCGAUGAGUUCAAUCGCAUCAACAUCGAGGUGCUGUCAGUGGUGGCCCAGCAGAUCCUGUCCAUCCUGUCCGCCUUGACUGCUGGCCUCACUCGCUUCCAUUUUGAGGGCUUUGAAAUCAAUCUGGUGUGGUCCUGCGGGAUCUUCAUUACCAUGAAUCCCGGCUAUGCUGGCCGCACGGAGCUCCCCGAGAACCUCAAGUCCAUGUUCCGCCCCAUUGCCAUGGUGGUGCCCGAUUCUACCCUUAUUGCCGAAAUCAUUCUUUUUGGGGAAGGCUUUGGCAACUGCAAGAUCCUGGCCAAGAAGGUGUACACACUUUACUCACUGGCCGUGCAGCAGCUCUCCAGACAGGAUCACUAUGACUUUGGCCUGCGUGCCCUCACCUCCCUCUUGCGCUACGCAGGCAAGAAGCGCCGCCUACAGCCUGACCUGACUGAUGAGGAGGUUCUGUUGCUGUCAAUGAGGGAUAUGAACAUUGCCAAGCUAACCUCGGUCGACGUGCCUCUGUUCAACGCCAUCGUGCAAGAUCUCUUUCCCAGCGUCGAGCUGCCUGUCAUCGACUACGGCAAGCUGCAGGAGACCAUCGAGCAGGAGAUUCGAGACAUGGGCCUGCAGAGCACACCAUUCACCCUCACCAAGGUCUUCCAGUUGUAUGAAACCAAGAACUCCCGCCACUCCACCAUGAUCGUGGGCUGCACGGGCAGCGGCAAGACUGCCUCGUGGCGAAUCCUACAGGCCUCCUUGUCCUCUCUGUGCCGCGCCGGGGACCCCAACUUCAACAUCGUUAGAGAGUUCCCUUUGAACCCCAAGGCUUUGUCCCUUGGAGAACUCUAUGGGGAAUAUGACCUGAAUACUAAUGAAUGGACAGAUGGCAUCUUGUCCAGUGUCAUGCGAACAGCAUGUGCAGAUGAGAAGCCAGAUGAGAAGUGGAUCCUUUUCGAUGGGCCUGUGGACACUUUGUGGAUCGAGAGCAUGAACUCUGUCAUGGACGACAACAAAGUGUUGACCCUCAUCAAUGGCGAGCGCAUCGCAAUGCCUGAGCAGGUGUCUCUCCUGUUCGAAGUGGAGAACUUGGCGGUGGCCUCUCCAGCCACUGUGUCUCGCUGCGGGAUGGUCUACACUGACUACGUUGACCUGGGCUGGAAGCCCUAUGUCCAGUCAUGGCUGGAGAAGAGGCCAAAGGGUGAGGUGGAGCCCCUGCAGCGCAUGUUCGAGAAGUUCAUCAACAAGAUCUUGGCCUUUAAGAAGGACAACUGCAAUGAGCUGGUGCCACUCCCCGAGUACAGUGGCAUCAUCUCACUCUGCAAGCUGUACUCAGCCCUGGCCACACCAGAGAAUGGGGUGAACCCAGGGGAUGGUGAGGUCUACACCACCAUGGUUGAGAUGAUGUUUGUGUUCAGCAUGAUCUGGUCUGUGUGUGCCUCUGUGGAUGAAGACGGCCGCAAGAAGAUCGACAGUUUCCUCCGAGAGAUCGAGGGCUCCUUUCCCAACAAGGACACAGUGUACGAGUAUUUUGUGAACCCCAAGAUGCGGAGUUGGACGUCGUUUGAAGACAAGCUCCCCAAGAGCUGGCGCUACCCUCCGAAUGCCCCUUUCUACAAGAUCAUGGUGCCCACUGUGGACACUGUUCGCUACAACUACCUGGUGAGCACCUUGGUGGCCAACCAGAAUCCUGUCCUGCUGGUGGGGCCCGUGGGGACUGGAAAGACCUCCAUAGCCCAAAGCGUCCUGCAGUCCUUGCCCUCCAGCCAGUGGUCGGUGCUCAUCGUCAACAUGUCUGCACAGACCACAUCCAACAACGUGCAGAGCAUCAUUGAGAGCAGGGUGGAGAAGCGAACCAAGGGGGUCUAUGUGCCGUUCGGGGGCAAGAGCAUGAUCACCUUUAUGGAUGACCUGAACAUGCCAGCUAAGGACACAUUCGGCUCCCAGCCACCCCUGGAGCUGAUUCGCCUCUGGAUUGACUAUGGCUUCUGGUAUGACCGCUCGAAGCAGACCAUCAAGUACAUCCGGGACAUGUUCCUGAUGGCUGCCAUGGGCCCCCCUGGCGGGGGGCGGACCAUCAUCUCCUCGCGGCUGCAGAGUCGCUUCAACCUCAUCAACAUGACCUUCCCCACGGAGUCCCAGAUCACCCGCAUCUUUGGCACCAUGAUCAAUCAGAAGCUCCAGGACUUUGAGGAAGAGGUGAAGCCCAUCGGGAACGUGGUGACCGAGGCCACCCUGGACCUAUACAACACCGUGGUGCAGCGCUUCCUGCCCACGCCCGCCAAGAUCCAUUACCUGUUCAACCUUCGCGACAUAUCCAAGGUAUUCCAGGGCAUGCUGAGAGCCAACAAGGACUUCCACGAUACCAAGGCCAGCAUCACACGGCUCUGGAUUCAUGAAUGCUUCAGAGUCUUCUCUGACCGCCUGGUGGAUGUGACGGACAUGGAAGCCUUCGUGGCCAUCCUGAGCGACAAACUCGGCUCCUUCUUUGACCUCACGUUUCACAAUCUCUGUCCCAACAAGCGUCCUCCUAUCUUUGGGGACUUCCUGAAGGAGCCCAAGGUGUACGAGGACCUGACAGAUCUGACGGUACUAAAGACGGCCAUAGAGAAUGCUCUGAACGAGUACAACCUGUCACCCGCUGUCGUGCCCAUGCAGCUCGUGCUCUUCCGAGAGGCCAUCGAACACAUCACGCGGAUCGUGCGGGUGAUUGGACAGCCUCGGGGCAACAUGCUCUUGGUGGGCAUCGGGGGCAGUGGGCGCCAGAGUCUGGCCCGCUUGGCGUCAUCCAUCUGCGACUACAUCACCUUCCAGAUCGAAGUCACCAAACACUAUCGGAAGCAGGAGUUCCGGGAUGAUAUCAAGCGCCUCUAUCGCCAGGCUGGGGUAGAGCUCAGGACCACGUCCUUCCUUUUUGUGGACACCCAGAUUGCCGACGAGUCCUUCCUAGAGGACAUUAACAACAUCCUCAGCUCGGGCGAGGUCCCGAAUCUCUACAAGGCUGAUGAAUUCGAAGAGAUCCAGGCGCACAUCAUAGAUCAGGCACGGGCCGAGCAGGUGCCUGAGUCCUCGGACAGCCUCUUCGCCUACCUCAUCGAGCGCGUGCGGAACAACCUGCACAUCGUGCUCUGCCUCAGCCCCGUGGGGGACCCCUUCAGGAACUGGAUCCGCCAGUACCCCGCCUUGGUGAACUGCACCACCAUCAACUGGUUCUCAGAGUGGCCCCACGAGGCCCUGCUGGAGGUGGCUGAGAAGUACCUCGUGGGAGUAGACCUGGGGACACAAGAGAAUAUCCACAAGAAGGUGGCCCGGAUCUUUGUCACCAUGCACUGGUCGGUGGCUCAGUACUCCCAGAAGAUGCUGCUGGAGCUGCGAAGACACAACUACGUCACACCCACCAACUACCUGGAACUCGUGUCUGGAUAUAAGAAACUGCUGGCAGAAAAACACCAGGAGCUGCUGGACCAAGCCAACAAGCUGCGGACCGGCCUGUUCAAGAUCGAUGAGACGAGGGAGAAGGUGGAAGUGAUGUCGCUGGAGCUGGAGGACGCCAAGAAGAAGGUGGCCGAGUUCCAGAAGCAGUGUGAGGAGUACCUGGUCAUCAUCGUGCAGCAGAAGCGGGAGGCAGAUGAGCAGCAGAAGGCCGUAACAGCCAACAGUGAGAAGAUCGCAGUUGAGGAAAUCAAAUGUCAGGCCCUGGCUGACAAUGCCCAGAAGGACCUUGAAGAGGCACUGCCUGCCCUGGAAGAGGCCAUGCGGGCCCUGGAGUCUCUGAACAAGAAGGAUAUAGGGGAGAUCAAGUCUUACGGACGGCCCCCUGCCCAGGUGGAGAUUGUGAUGCAGGCCGUCAUGAUUCUGCGAGGCAAUGAGCCCACCUGGGCGGAGGCCAAGAGGCAGCUGGGGGAGCAGAACUUUAUCAAGUCCCUGAUCCACUUCGACAAAGACAACAUUUCUGACAAGGUUCUGAAGAAGAUUGGGGCCUACUGUGCGCAGCCCGACUUCCAGCCAGACAUCAUCGGUCGCGUCUCCCUGGCCGCCAAGUCCCUCUGCAUGUGGGUGCGGGCCAUGGAGCUGUACGGGCGGCUGUACCGGGUGGUGGAGCCCAAACGAAUCCGCAUGAACGCAGCCUUGGCCCAGCUGCAGGAGAAGCAGGCGGCCCUUGCUGAAGCCCAGGAGAAGCUGCGGGAGGUGGCGGAGAAACUGGAGAUGCUGAAGAAGCAGUACGACGAGAAGCUGGCCCAGAAGGAGGAGCUGCGCAAGAAGUCUGAAGAGAUGGAGCUGAAGCUGGAGCGAGCCGGCAUGCUGGUGUCCGGGCUGGCCGGCGAGAAGGCCCGCUGGGAGGAGACGGUGAAGGGCCUGGAGGAGGACCUGGGCUACCUGGUGGGCGACUGUCUGCUGGCAGCCGCCUUCCUGUCCUACAUGGGGCCCUUCCUGACCAACUACCGGGAUGAGAUCGUCAACCAGAUCUGGAUCAGGAAGAUCUGGGAGCUUCAGGUUCCUUGCUCGCCUCGCUUUGCCAUCGAAAACUUCCUGUCCAACCCUACCAAAGUCCGGGACUGGAACAUCCAAGGGUUGCCUUCAGACGCCUUCUCCACUGAGAACGGCAUCAUUGUCACUCGCGGCAACAGGUGGGCCCUGAUGAUCGACCCUCAGGCUCAGGCCUUGAAAUGGAUCAAGAACAUGGAGGGAAACCAGGGCCUCAGGAUCAUUGACCUGCAGAUGAGCGACUACCUUCGAGUCCUGGAGAAGGCCAUCCAGUUUGGAUACCCAGUGCUGCUCCAGAACGUGCAGGAGUAUCUGGACCCCUCGCUCAACCCCGUGCUCAACAGAUCCGUCUCACGAAUUGGUGGUCGGCUGCUGAUGCGCAUUGGAGAUAAGGAGGUGGAAUACAACCCCAAUUUCCGUUUCUACAUCACCACCAAGCUCUCCAACCCCCACUACAGCCCAGAGACCUCAGCCAAGACUACCAUUGUGAACUUUGCCGUUAAAGAACAGGGUCUGGAGGCCCAGCUGCUAGGCAUUGUGGUCCGAAAGGAGCGGCCUGAGCUGGAGGAGCAGAAGGACUCGCUGGUCAUCAACAUUGCCGCCGGCAAGAGGAAGCUCAAGGAGCUGGAGGACGAGAUCCUCCGGCUUCUGAACGAGGCCACGGGCUCCCUGCUGGACGACGUGCAGCUGGUGAACACCCUGCGGACCUCCAAGGUGACGGCCGCCGAGGUGACAGAGCAGCUGGAAACCAGCGAGACCACGGAGAUCAACAUCGACAUAGCCCGCGAGGCUUACCGUCCGUGUGCCCAGCGGGCGUCCGUGCUGUUCUUCGUGCUCAAUGACAUGGGCCACAUCGACCCCAUGUACCAGUUCUCGCUGGACGCCUACAUCAGCCUUUUUGUGCUCAGCAUAGACAAGAGCCACCGUAGCAACAAACUGGAGGACCGCAUAGACUACCUCAACGACUACCACACCUACGCCGUCUACAGGUACACCUGCCGCACCCUUUUCGAGCGCCACAAGCUACUGUUCAGUUUCCACAUGUGUGCCAAAAUCCUGGAGACUUCGGGCAAGCUCAACAUGGACGAGUACAACUUCUUUCUCCGCGGGGGUGUGGUCCUGGAUCGGGAAGGCCAAAUGGAUAACCCGUGUACGAGCUGGCUUGCAGAUGCCUACUGGGAUAACAUCACAGAGCUGGACAAACUGACCAACUUCCACGGGCUCAUGAACUCCUUUGAGCAGUACCCGCGGGACUGGCACCUGUGGUACACCAACGCUGCCCCCGAGAAGGCCAUGCUGCCAGGCGAGUGGGAAAACGCCUGCAACGAGAUGCAGCGCAUGCUGAUCGUUCGCUCCCUGCGCCAGGACCGGGUGGCCUUCUGCGUCACCUCCUUCAUCGUCUCCAACCUAGGCUCCCGCUUCGUUGAGCCCCCGGUGCUAAACAUGAAGCUGGUGAUGGAGGAUUCAACCCCACGCUCCCCGCUCGUGUUCAUCCUGUCCCCGGGCGUGGACCCCACCGGCGCCCUGCUGCAGCUGGCAGAGCACACAGGCAUGGCCCAGCGCUUCCACGCCUUGUCCCUGGGCCAGGGCCAAGCCCCCAUCGCUGCCCGGCUCCUCCGAGACGGUGUGACUCAGGGACACUGGGUGUUCCUGGCAAACUGCCACCUGUCACUGUCUUGGAUGCCUAACCUGGACAAGCUGGUGGAGCAGCUGCAGGUGGAGGACCCUCACCCCUCCUUCCGCCUGUGGCUCAGCUCCAGCCCCCACCCAGACUUCCCCAUCUCAAUCUUGCAGGCCAGCAUCAAGAUGACCACAGAGCCACCAAAGGGCCUAAAGGCCAACAUGACAAGACUUUACCAGCUGAUGUCAGAAUUCCAGUUUUCCCGCUGCUCCAAACCCGCCAAAUACAAGAAGCUGCUGUUUGCACUCUGCUUCUUCCACUCCGUGUUACUGGAGCGCAAGAAGUUCCUGCAGCUCGGCUGGAACAUCGUCUACGGCUUCAAUGACUCCGACUUUGAGGUGUCGGAGAACUUGCUGAGCCUCUAUUUGGAUGAGUACGAGGAGACGCCCUGGGACGCACUCAAGUACCUCAUCGCUGGCAUCAACUACGGCGGCCACAUCACGGAUGACUGGGACCGGCGCCUGCUCACCACCUACAUCAAUGACUACUUCUCUGAGCAGGCUCUGUCAACUCCCUCCUACCGGCUGUCGGUGCUGGAGACCUACUUCAUCCCCAAGGAUGGCAGCCUGGCCUCCUACAAGGAAUACAUCAGCUUGUUGCCGAGCAUGGACCCCCCGGAGGCCUUUGGCCAGCACCCCAACGCCGACGUGGCCUCCCAGAUCACCGAGGCGCGGACUCUCUUUGACACUCUGCUUUCCCUGCAACCCCAGGUUACACCCACCAGGGCCGGAGGCCAGAGCCGGGAAGAGAAGGUGCUUGAGCUGGCUGCCGACGUGAAACAGAAGAUCCCCGAAAUGAUCGACUACGAGGGGACCCGCAAGCUGCUGGCUCUCGACCCCUCCCCGCUCAACGUGGUCCUCCUGCAGGAGAUCCAGAGAUACAACAAGCUGAUGGAGACCAUCCUCCUCUCACUGACAGACCUAGAGAAAGGCAUCCAGGGCCUCAUCGUCAUGUCGACAAGCCUGGAAGAGAUUUUCAACUGCAUCUUUGAUGCCCACGUGCCUCCGCUCUGGGGAAAGGCGUAUCCCUCACAAAAGCCCUUGGCCUCGUGGACCCGGGACCUGGCCAUGCGCGUGGAGCAGUUUGAGACGUGGGCUAGCCGCGCCCGGCCGCCGGUGAUCUUCUGGCUCUCCGGCUUCACCUUUCCCACGGGCUUCCUCACCGCUGUGCUGCAGGCCUCAGCUCGUCAAAACAACAUUUCAGUGGACAGCCUCUCCUGGGAGUUCAUCGUCUCCACCGUGGACGACAGCAAUCUCGUGUACCCACCCAAGGACGGUGCCUGGGUUCGUGGUCUGUACCUGGAAGGUGCCGGCUGGGAUCGGAAGAACUCCUGCUUGGUGGAGGCCGAGCCCAUGCAACUGGUCUGCCUCAUGCCCACCAUCCACUUCCGGCCAGCAGAGAGCCGCAAGAAGAGUGCCAAGGGCAUGUACUCCUGCCCUUGCUAUUACUAUCCCAACCGAGCGGGCAGCUCCGACCGAGCGUCCUUCGUCAUCGGCAUCGACCUCCGGUCUGGAGCCAUGUCCUCGGAUCACUGGAUCAAGAGGGGCACUGCUCUGCUCAUGAGCCUAGACAACUGAGGCGGCCCCCCGCCUCCUCUCCCCGCAAGAGAGAGCCGGCGACUCCAGCAGCUGGGGCUGGACCUCAC